AUGGAGGGUACAGCCGUAAACCCACUCCAUCAGCAACAGCCCGUAAUAACCCCUGCGCAGCUGUCCAGCACUCUCGGCUCAGAUGUGGCAAAUCAAGGAACGCCACUUAAUCUCGCCAAGCUGCACCCAUCUCUUCCUAACCGUCCAGUGUGCCCCGAUCCACCUCCCCGAAUUGUUUCGACCACCGUAGCAUCAUCGCUGCGCGGGAAGUCACGAUCAACCUCCAAUAAUCAUGCAACAUCCCGACUCACGCGCGAUCUUUGGGAUACCCGGCGGGAAAUGACUGCCUUACAAGCACGCGAAACCGAGCUUGUAGCUUCAUUGCGCCGUUUAGAUGCUCCCCGCCACAUCCUCGAAUCUCGACCAGCGCAAAAAUUCUCAGAGCUUGAAGUUCGUCUCGCUGAGGUAGAGAACGAAAUACGGCGAGAAAGGUAUAAGCGCCUUCAAGCUGAGCGAGGUCUCGAUGAGAUUGAGACGGAGAGAAGGGGUCCGUUUGUUGUUCCAGCUCUGUUUCGAGCGUUCUUGAUGAUUUCUGAGAUGGAUGGAUGA